AUGGCAGCUGUCGGUGUUCUCUUGGUUCUCCUCCCCAUGACGUGGGCCUGUGCACCUCAGAAAGCUGAUUACGUGAUGGUGUCAUGUUUUCCCAAUGCCAUCAUUGCGAAUGUGCCAGAAUGUCCAUAUGGAUGGGAGAUUGGCCAGCUGUCCUUGGGCGGCGUGUGCUACACUGGAAUUAACACUCCAGGCUUCUAUCGUUUUACCAUCCCAGAUCUCACUCCCAAGAAUCAUUCAUACUGCGGCACCCUGUCUGAGUAUGUAGGAGGCAAAGACCCACGGUACAUAUUCUACAACUCAAUUGUAUCCAACGACUCCUCUCUAACUGUCCGGAACCAGCCUGUCAACUACACGUUCAGCUGCACUUAUAAAGCGGCUUAUCUGGUCAACAACGCCGUGUUUAGCCAAAGAGUGGCAACAGUUUAUGUCAACAACGGGAGUUUAGGUUCUUUUAAGUCUCAGUUGUCUAUGAACGUCUUCACAAACUCAAAGUUCCUCUACGCAAAAGAUGCACCGUAUGUGAUUGACACAUCCGAGAUUGGAUCGGAGGUGUUCAUUGGCAUUGAAGCAAAAGGAUUAAGUAACAGAUUUAAAGUAGUAAUAACAAAUUGCUGGGCAACACCUACUCCAUAUUCAACAGACAGGAAAAGGUGGACUUUAAUUCAGAACAGUUGCUCCUUAGACAACACAGUCACCAUAUUUGAAAAUGCCAAAGACAGUCGGUCCAUGUUCAAGUUCAAUUCGUUCCGCUUUCAGCGGUUAGAGAAAGUGUCCACCGUGUGGCUCCACUGUGAGGUCCAAGUAUGUGACGGGGAGAAGCUGUUCUGUCAGCCGACUCCAUGUACAUCAAGAAGCACUGAAUUUGAACCUGAUCCAAAUGGAGGCAUACUGACCAUGGAGUUUCAAGUCAGAGCACAACACUCCUCCAGUUAUGUCCAUCUUGCAGGCCCAUUUCUGUCUCUGCUGUCCAUAUUUCUACUGAAUGAAUUUUUAGGAUACUUCAGUUUGUAAUGAGGCCAAAUAUGGGUUACUCAAAUGCAAUGAAACAUGCCUUUGC